AUGGAGACCAUCGAGCACCUCUUCAUCGGACUCGAGCAGUGCACCCUCGCACCCAGCCUCAACAACACCAAGGUGACACACAACAGACUCAGUCAACUGGAUGUGCGGCACUCUUUGGGCUGUGUGUGUGUUGUGUGUGUCCUGUAGGCGGUGACGGCGGCUGAGUGGCCUCAGGUGAGCGAUCGCAUCAACAGAGAGUCAUUCCAUCGUGGCCUCUUCCCGGCGACGAUGACAUUUGCCGAGUACCAAGAUGUGGCGGUGCGGAUUUAUCUGUCCAGAUAUCGUCUGUGUGUGUGUGUGUGUGUGCUCGCGCGUGUGUGUGUGUGUUCAGCGGUGCGAUGACUCGCAACUCCCGGCAGUGGUCUCUGAGCCUUCGCGCGGCUCUGCAGCACUUCCCAGAGAUGGAGACAUUGUGUGGCGGGCACAACGCGCCUCUGGUGUGAGGUAUAGGUGGUGGUAUAUGACGCCCGACUGGCCGCCCGAGGAUUUCGACUACGACGGCGCUCUACGGAAGCUGAAGCUGCGUCGCGUGGAGGUCGACGAGUGGGAGAACGCAGAGGACUGCGAGGAGGGAUACACCAAAGUCUACGAAAUCAAACACUACACCGGUGAGUGGGUACGGGCAGACACGCAAUGGUGUGUAUGGCGGGGUUUGUGGUGCGUGCUGUGUUGUGUGUGGCCACCGUGCAGGUUGUUUCCGGGACCCGAGUGGUCGGUUCAUCGAUGUGCGUCCGCGUGAGGGCCGCCCGUGUUACAGCGACAUGAUCAAGAAGAGCGAGCGAGAGCUGGCAGAGAUGCUCGUCGAGGCCAUCCAGAAGCAGCAGCGGGAACUCGAGGCCUCAUCUGACGACGCGAGCGGCACUAAGGAAGCACUCGAAGAGGUAGAUGGGGCGGGUCGGGUCAACCAGACACACGGUUUGGUGCAUGUGGGUGCGUGUGUUGCAGGAGUUGACAGCGGCCCAAAGGAUGCUGGACAGCGCCACAUAG